AUGUCCAAGUCCCGUCUUCCAAUCCUCCUCGGUGUCGGUGCCGCUUCCGGUGUCGGUUACUACCUUUUCCAGGCCGGUGGCGAUCCCAGAGCUGCCGAGAACAAGUUUGAGAGCGACGCCCACCGAGCAGCCGCCAAUGUCAAGAGCCACUUGCCCGGCAGCACACAAACCAACGCCGAGAAGGACCUCAAGGGCUAUGGCGCGCAGGCUGGAGCCAAGAUUGACAAUGCUAUCGCCGAGGCCGACAGACAGGCGUCUAUAGCCAAGAGCAACGCCGAGGCCUUCGCCAAAGAUGCCAAAGCCGAUGCCCUGAAGGCUGUUGACAAGUUUGACCAAAAGGUCGAGGAGGGCGCCGCCAAGGCCAAGGGCGGCAUCUCGAGCUGGUGGGGUGGUAGCAAGUAG